AGAUCAUUUUAAAACAAUAACAUGCAAAGCAAUUAGUUUGGAUUGUAGACACAGUUUUUAAUGCAGAUUCAUAUCCUGCAGCAACUGAUCCUGACUCUUUCAUUUGCCACGUAGUUAUAGAUCAACUGCAUCAAAAAUGACACACAGCAGGAUUCUUAUCUGAUGCAGAAAGACACAAACUACUCUAGCUUAAACCUCUGCUUCACAAUAAACCUGGAAAUCAAUUGCGAUUUUGUGAGAUAGAUUUUGUGUGACAUUUACAGUAUGAUAGUUUGAAAAGCUUUACUGCUGCAGUAAAAUGUUGAGGCUGGAUUUCUAGCCCAGCCAAGAUAUUUCUGUCUCAAAUAUUCUUGUUACACGGUAAAAGUUCUGCAGUUAAAAACAUUAAAGUUAUGAUGCUCAAAAUGAAAAGUUGACAAAGUGGAUCCUUUGGCAGUAACACGCUGUAUUCAGCAGCUUUGCUGUGAAACAGCAUGAAAAUAAAACAUUCUGAAAGUUAAGGGUUAGACUUGAUGCCAGACGUUGGUCCUAUGGAUCCAGCAGAGCACAGUGACUCAGUGACUGACCUGUUCCUGCUGAAACGCCGGGCUCGAUGGGGAUGAAAUCUGCCUUACCACCAGCCGCCUGGUCUCCGGAUUAUGUUUGGCAUGGAGUGCACAAAUCACCUGCCGCCUUGUGUUCCCAUCAGCUCUCAAGCUUCUGCAGGGCUCAUAUCAGGAGAAUGUUCCAUGGUUCUUGCCAGACCAGCAGGGGCCUUCUUUUCCACUCUGCUUUGGAUUCUUCUUUUUUUUCUUCCUUGCUCGGUGUCUCUCUGGUUCCAGUCUAACCCCAUCUGGUUCAAAAAGCAUUUAUUUUCUCUGUUUUAAAAAACAAAUAAAAGCCCCACUCCAACCAUCUGGUUUAAAACAACCCUAAUUACUGUUAUAAUUGCUUUAUUAACAAUACGUUUUAAGGUAAUUAAACCGCCAGUGAUCAUAAAAUGCUAUUAUUGAAGCAAACUGGUCGAAACAAAAGCGUGGAGAAGGAAAUAAUUCAUAGUAUACUGAUAAACAUCAGGAUUUUUUUGUCUCCAUCAGAUGAAAUCAGGAUGAACCCAGAGGAUCGCACACACACUCAUCCGGGAGUCAGGAUUGGUCAAACCCUUCACACCGUUUCUCAACUCGUGCUCCUAUUGGCUGUUGAAAAGAAGGAGACCGUGACGUCAGUGGGAAGCGCCGAACUCCAGUUUCCAAAGUUGAGAGUGAUGCUAAGGUUAGCCGAUGGACGGCAGUGAGUCUCUGUCCUCAUUAACGGCGCACAGAUGGAUGACAUCAAUGUUUUACACCACAGAUGCCUUCUCAAUUUGAGGCGUAGAAUUCGAGACAUAGGAGAUGGUCACCCAGCACAGGAUCGAUGCAUGAGGUUGCAGAAGGAUGGGGACACACUUAGUUACCAAGGGAACUCCGAGGAAGUGGGUUGCUAUGUGGCUGGCCAUCCUUUAUCAAAGGGAAAUUGCUACUUUGAGGUAACAAUAGUGGACACAGGAGUGAGGGGAACCAUCGCGGUGGGCCUGGUGCCUAAAUUCUACAGGCUGGACCACCAGCCUGGCUGGCUGCCAUACUCUGUAGCUUACCAUGCUGACAACGGCAAGUUGUAUAAUGGUAACCCUGUUGGAAAGCAGUUUGGGCCAAAAUGUGCUCGUGGUGACCGCAUUGGCUGCGGCAUACACUCGGAAAACACAGAAGCUGGUCUUACUACUGUCUUCUUCACCAAAAAUGGCAGAGAGGUAGGUUCAAUAGAGGUUCCUGUGUCGUCUGAGGGCCUUUACCCGGCUGUAGGUAUGCACUCCAUGGGGGAGGAGGUGAAGGUUGACCUGCGGGCGGAGUGGCUCUUAGAGGAGGAUGAUACCAUGAUGAUGGUUGACAGCCAUGAAGAUGACUGGGGACGACUCCAUGACGUCAGAGUCAGCGGCAUGCUCCUGGAAUAUGUUGGCAAAGGAAAGAGCAUCAUGGACGUUGGUUUGGCUCAGGCCAGCCAGCCGCUCACCACCCGCUGCCACUACUAUGAAGUGGAGAUAGUUGAUGCUGGGGAGAAGUGCUACAUCGCCUUGGGCUUGGCAAGAAGGGAUUAUCCCAAGAACAGACACCCUGGGUGGAGCCGGGGGUCCGUCGCCUAUCAUGCAGAUGAUGGGAAGAUCUUCUACGGCAUCGGAGUUGGAGACGCUUUUGGGCCCCGCUGCUUCAAAGGGGACAUCAUGGGAUGCGGCAUCAUGUUCCCACGUGAUUACAGCCUGGACGGAGACGGUUCAGUUGACGUGGAAGACUUGGGUCAGCUGGAGGGCCUACCCAGUCAAGAUGGCGUCCAGAACGUUCUGUAUCUUAAUGGUGAAGACGAGGAAGAGGAAGAGGAGGAAGGGGACGAAGUCGUUCAGGAACAGCAGGGAAGGAAGGUGACGGUGUUUUUCACCAGGAACGGGAAGCUGAUGGGUCGACGGGAGAUGGCGGUCCCCCCUGGGGGUCUGUACCCCACCGUGGGGAUGCUGAGCAGCGGUGAGAAAGUCAAGGUGGACCUGCAUCCUCUCAGCGGAUGAACCGAGAGGUCGUAGGCCAGAGCACGCACCAUCCAGCUGCACACACGCACGUCUUCCUCUGCACUGCACCGGAUUUUAUUUAUGAAACUAGUCAUCGCAGUAAGAACAGACUACAAGCUCUGGCAGCAACAGUUACUUCUAUGCAAUCUGCUCUGCUACCAUCCUCCUUCUGCAUGCACUUUGUCUCCGAAACACUGAGCUGGUAAAUGCCCUCAUCUCGCUGAAUUUCCAUUUGUCACGACCCCGAGCAAAGCGGAGAGAGGCCAACGUCAGUUUGUUUCAGGGAACAGGACUCCCUCCCUCUGGGCGAUCAGGGACCUCACAUGCUGCUCUCCCAGAGCCAGACGUGGAGCUCCUCUGUUUCCUCAAAGCUGCGGAGUCCUCCUUAAAUCAGUUUUGCGAAACAAUCCAAGCGUUCGGCAUGUCUGCUGAGAAGCGCCGUGUCGGAUAUUUUUUCCAAGAGCUCAAUUUGCAGCCAAAAUCCAAAUAAAAACGGGUCAGCAAACAUUUUAUACAUGCCAUCUUUGAAAAACAGAUAUUUAAGUUUAUCUCAUUCAGGGAAUAUUUGUGUGUUUUAGCACUUUAAUAAGAUAAACUUUGGCUUUAUAUUCUGGAUCCAAACUGUGAGUAUAGGUAGAAAUUUUAAGAACCAGUCCAAUAUUGACUGGUCAAUUUAUGCAAUCCACAAAAAAAAAUGUAAAUAAAUGACUUAAUGUUUGGAAGAAAUAUUUAAAUCUGCUCAGUUUUAUCGCCACCUCAAGUCCUGAGAAUUGUUAUCCACCAACCUGUAGAUGACCAUUCAACUCUGCAGGGGCCUGAUAACACAUUCAUGUACUUUAGGUGUUUUGGAGAAGGAAUGCAUCUAAAAGUUGCAGGAUCGUAACUCUCAGGACUGGAUUAAAACACCCAGCUUAAUGUGAAAAAGAUGCUGCAUAUUUUCAUGCAGAUGUUUGUUGUUGCAUGCUCAUUGGUCCCCUGCAUUUCACUGAAGGGUGGCAAGAACGAUUCUGCAUCACAAAGUUCAGGCUGAUAUUUCUCUUUAAAUGUUGCCAGAUUUCUACAUUGAGCUGCAGAGUUGAGUCUGUUUUGUUUCUCAAAUGAAUAGAGUUUGACGAAACAAGACGGGUCGGCGAUAUUAAAGUUUAUUAAUUAACAAACAAGAGUCUCAGUAGAAAACUCCUGGUAACUCCUCAUGCUGAUCACAAGAUUGGUCGCACUCUGAUGCCCAAAACUAUUAAUAUCCUGGCAGAUUUAGGUACAAAACUAUUUUGAAGUGGCACAGGCAUCUCUCAAAAAAUAAUAGGACAAUGUAUAAAUGUGUCAUAAAUAUAUAUAUAUUUAUAUUUUAAAGCUUCAAUAUGUAACUUGUUGAAACUGUUACUAUGUUGUAACAGCAUCACAUGAGACAGAUAAUCUGUAAGAAAUUGAUCUCAUUUGUCUUGUUAACUAGAAACAACCAAUCUGAGCCAGGAGGCGGGUCUUAGCGCUGUCAAUCAUCCUCCAUGUGGCACUGCUAGCAGCAGGCAGAGCCUUUUGUGAAUGCUAAAGCUAGUUAACAUGGCAGAUAAAUGGUUUUUCUGUAAUGGUGGGUUGGGUUUAGCAGCGAGUACAUGAAGUUGAUUAGCAGCGCUAAGACCCUCCUCUUUGCUCUGAUUGGCUGCUUUUGGUCAGGAGCGAAUCAUUUCUUAAGACAGUAAGCUCAGGGAAGAGGUGGAUCUUUUUACAGAUUAUUUGUCUCAUACUGUCACAACAUGGUUUUAACAAAAAUGGAAAAAAAAAUUUUAAAUGAAAGUUACAGCUGCUGCAGCUUUAAUAAAAAAAAAUCACUCAGUCAGAUUAUUUCCAUCCAGAAGAAACAGAAGCUACUUUAAACCUUAAUCACUUCACAAAUUCACCCAACAGAAACAUUACGAAAUCAAUCAGAUAAAUGGUUAGCAAAGACAGUGAGGCAUCCUGGGUUCUUAGGAAUCAAACAGCAUCAGCAGCGUGAGGUGAACUGAGGACGGGCUUUCUGGUUCUGAGACAUUUAAAAGACUCUGCCGACCCGAUUGCUUCAGGCAGCUUCAGGCAAAGUUCAGCAGCUGCAGCCACAGUCGACCCGCGAGUCGGAGAACGGCGAACCGCACUCAAAAAAUCAGGUCUGAGUGGAAAAAUCUCCCAUAAUGUGGUUAAUUCUAACAUCAGGUUCUGCUGGGCCGACCUGAACGCUGUGAUGCAGAAUCCAACAUCAACAAAAGCUUUGUGAUGAGUCUGGUGGAGCUGGUUUCCACAUAACUUUAAAGAACCUGAAAAUAAUCGAAUCUAUAAAAAUAAACCAACCAGGCCUGUCAUAAUAAAAAAUUUUACUGGACGAUAAAUUACCCAGAAGUUAUCGCGAUAAAUGAUAAUAUUGCUGUUUUGAGACCAUUUUCAAGUAAUUAAAUGGUAAUAAUGGACUAAUAAUGCAAGAACCCAUUCUAAAAGGUAAAUAAAUCUAGUGAACAUUUAAUGCUGGAACUGGAAGACAUUUUAAAUAUCCAAAAUAAAUAAACAAA